AUGGAGCUGGAGCAUGAACACACAAGGGCAGCUGAAACAGUCGAAGCUCGCGGCUUCUUCAUGGUGGUGGACACAAACUGUUUCCUCGCUUACCUUCCAUGGUUGUCGUGCCUGUCCAAGGCGGCGCUGCACUCGAAGAUCAGGCUGGUGGUCCCCUGGAUAGUAGCGUGCGAGUUGGAUUCCCUGAAGCAGAGACCCAGAGCAAACGACGGGAACUUCGAGAUAGGAGCUGCCGCCAGAGCUGCAAUUCGCUUCCUCUUCAACGCAUUCAAGCAUGAUCAAGUGCUGGGGCAGGACAAGGAUAUUGUGGACAGCCACCAGACCAGAUUGACCAACGACGAUCGUAUCAUGCACUGCUGUUUGCAGGUGAUGAAGAGCCCCUACUGUCAGAAAGUUCUGCUGCUCUCUGACGACAAGAGCCUGGGUGUGAAGGGUCUGAUGAAUGGAAUCGAGACCUUCACGUUUGCAAACGUCCCCGGCUACAUCCGUGACAUGGCAAUGCAAGGGUUCAAGGAAAAGGAUUCCAUGGACAUCGAUUACAUAGAUGGAACUGAUCCUGUGGGGUGGCUUCCUGUACAGUCAUGGUUUCAGUCUAACCCUCCCCUCAAGUUCAAAGGAGGACAGACCCAACUGGUGGCGUCAGUAGUUGAGAGCCUGAGAAACUCCGGAGGUAGGAGAGGAGGCAAGGAAAGUCUCGCUGCUUGCUUGACGGGGUUGUCCAAAGACAGCUACAAGCAGCCGACGGAAUUGAAAUUCCAACCUGAGGGCUAUGGGUCAUGUCGGACGGAAGAAAUCUUUCGAAGGUUCGGAUGGCUAGGGUGCAGGAUGGACGAGGCUCUGCCGCAAGCUAAUGACGAGCUGUGGAGGGUCCUGAAAGAGAUCUGUCACAAGGUCGUACCAAAGAUGGAGAAAGAGCUGCAGAGUCAGCAUGGGAGCGCCUGGGAUACGGUCGUGAAUUGCCCGCAGCCAUGGGAGGAAGGGGAUGUCCUGCACAUACUCAGAACAUCAUGGCGUACAGUCUUUCAGAAACCUUACGGACUCUACUUGGAUGAGGUUGCAUCGCUCCAAGAUCUUCUGAGGAAGCUGAGGAGAAAAGCAACCUUGAUAGAUGCCUCAGUACACGAGUCCCUCGACUACCUCAACAUCCUGUGGACCUUUGUCGAAUGCUUUCGACUCGAGGAUAAGAAAGAGGCUGUCCUCGCCAGCGCCAGGUACAUCCUGGAUUGCGUCCGAUACCUGGAGCCCAAGGCCGAGUGGGUUUGGACGGGAAGUCUUGACAAGGGAGUGGAAUGUCCAGAUGAUCUUACUGGCGUCCUUUCCAUCCUCCUCCCUGGUGUCGAGGCUUGCCAGAUGCCGCUCAGGCCGCCUCCUCCUUCCCCACGGCCCUCGAACGGCUUUCUUCCUCAGCCCAACUCCCAAACUGCUGGAACCUCUGCCACCUUGCCAGACAAUGACGCCGACCACAUGUUGAUUGAAUGA